AUCAUCAUCAUCGCCGCCGCCGCCGCCGCCGCCAUCGCCUCGGGUCAUUGCCCUUCUAAUUGACCAACUGGAAACCACACCCUAGUGGCCUGGGGAGCUCUCAUUGGAAUUGGAGAUGCAGGAAAUAAAAACAAUGGCCUCGGGCAGCUCCAGCAGCGAGGAAGAGCGCAGCCUCCGAGAGUGUGAACACUAUGUCCAGAAGCACAACAUCCAGGCGCUCCUCAAGGACUGCAUCGUGCAGCUGUGCACCUCCCGGCCCGAGAGACCCAUGGCUUUCCUGCGGGAGAUCUUCGAGAAGCUGGAGAAGGAGGAGGCCAAACAGCUCCAGAACCUGCAGAAAGCAAGCUCCCGUUCAGAUUCCCGCGAGGACGAGAUCUCUCCCCCGCCUCCCAUGAACCCAGUGGUCAAGGGCCGGAGGCGACGGGGCGCCAUCAGCGCCGAAGUGUACACGGAGGAGGAUGCUGCGUCCUAUGUCAGAAAGGUGAUUCCAAAAGAUUACAAGACUAUGGCCGCUCUGGCUAAAGCCAUCGAGAAGAACGUGUUGUUUGCCCACCUUGAUGACAACGAGAGAAGUGAUAUUUUCGACGCCAUGUUCCCGGUUACCUAUAUCGCUGGAGAGACAGUAAUACAACAAGGUGACGAAGGAGAUAACUUCUAUGUGGUUGAUCAAGGAGAAAUGGAUGUCUAUGUCAACAAUGAGUGGGCCACCAGCGUCGGAGAAGGAGGGAGCUUUGGAGAGCUUGCUUUAAUUUAUGGAACACCCAGAGCGGCUACUGUCAAAGCCAAGACAAACGUGAAGUUGUGGGGCAUCGAUAGAGACAGCUAUAGAAGAAUCCUUAUGGGAAGCACCCUGAGGAAGCGGAAGAUGUAUGAGGAAUUCCUUAGUAAAGUGUCUAUACUAGAAUCUCUGGACAAGUGGGAGCGUCUCACGGUAGCUGAUGCAUUGGAGCCUGUUCAGUUUGAGGACGGGCAGAAGAUUGUGGUGCAAGGAGAACCAGGAGAUGAGUUCUUCAUUAUCUUAGAGGGCUCGGCCGCCGUGCUCCAGCGUCGGUCAGAAAACGAAGAAUUUGUCGAAGUGGGACGGUUGGGGCCUUCGGAUUAUUUCGGUGAAAUCGCCCUCUUGAUGAACCGCCCUCGGGCCGCCACCGUGGUAGCCCGAGGCCCCUUGAAAUGCGUCAAGCUGGACAGGCCCCGGUUCGAGCGCGUCCUGGGUCCCUGCUCGGACAUCCUCAAGCGAAACAUCCAGCAGUACAACAGCUUCGUCUCGCUGUCCGUCUGAAACGCCGCUCCCCUGCUCGGUCCAGGCUUCACCAACGCAGACUGCUUUCUCUUCUCCAUUCGCAGGGCCUCGUGGCCCCUGGCGUUACGGCUUCCUGUCUCUUUAUAAAUAUAUAUAUAUAUUACAUACCUACCUACACACACACACACAUAUAUAUAUAUACACACAUACAUAUAUAUGUAUGUAUAAAAAUUAGCUUUCAUUGCACCGUGUUUAAUUUGGAGCCUUAGUUGGAGUGCUCCGCAUCCAGUUUAGAAAGAGUUCUGUGGAGACUUGGCUGUUACUGCUUCUCUCUGUGCAGUGUUCAUGUUCCAAUUCCGGCCUCGGGUGCCAAGUUUUGGGGGGGAGGGAAAACCCCUUUCCCCCACUCCAGACCCAAAUGAAUCGCCAUAGAGUAAGGAUGUAACAGUGGAAAAUAUUUUUUUAAUAUACAUACUUUUCGAAUUACUGUCUGCAUAUUUUAGGCUGUGGUCAUAAUCUGCUGUAUUUCUUGAACUAACUAAACCAAGAGUCGCAUUGAGCUCCUUGAAGGUUAAACCGUUUUCUGGGUACUGUAAUUCUCGGUGCAAAGGAGAGAGGCGUGGGCCUAAAUUCAGAGAGUAGCGGGGAGCAGGGAACAGGCCCACGUCCGUUGGUUUUAAUGCAGCUUAAACCGUAGAGUCUUGUGUUAGGAGCUUCGAGAGAUUUUGGUCGUCACAGCUUACCCGAUUCUCGCCUUUUCCUAGUGAUAUAUCUUGGAUUCACAGAAACCGGUCCUAGCCCUCCGGGUCAGCCCCUGACCCGCACUUCUGUUGGGUCUCGAUCCCCUCCCCACGCCCUCCCCCACCAGGUCUCCAGACUCGGUCAAAAGUUCUUCGGUUCCAAAAUUAUCCCGAUAAAUCAUCCCCUUCCACCCAACGAGUGCCAAACGGUAAAGGGGAGCACCGGACCCGGUGCGGGAAUUUGAGGCGACCCAUCUUCUGAUGUUCUUAUCUUGCUGCUUUCUGCUUAAGGCGAAGCCCCCGGUUUUCUCCUCCGUUGGCUGGACUCCGGGUUACUCCAGGUUACCAGUGGGCUCUCUCAGCUUCCUUCCACUCAUGUGUCCUCCAUUCCCAGUAGGUGGGUUGGAACAGCAGUCCUGAAAGCAACACGGAGGCACUUAUGGCUUAUGUAGGAAAUGCGGUUAUCUCCUGCUAGAUUCAAUUUCUCUCACCGAUUUUCAUCUGUCAGCUGGUGUACGGGUGAAUGGGGUGGGUCUACUUUUUGGGUGUUCUUAAGAGCUGGUCAAAACCCCCCAUCUUAGUGACCAUUCCGCUUGUUUGUCUUAGCGUGAUGGUAAAAACUUUUUUUAAAAAAAGUAAAACUUGUUGCUGAGUCUUAACUAUAUUUCAGUAUUUGUCAUCUUUGGAUCAAAAUAUAUUGUAGUCACACCAGUAAUGUCUGACAGUUUAGUUUUUUCACAGAAUUCCACAGUUCUGUAGCGUAGACAACUUCGGGUUCAUUUGAUCCGUAAUUGAUCUAAAGUAGGGUGGGACCCGGGAAUGAUGACAAGCAUUUUUGCUUUUGUGCAGCGUUUGGCUUUUAAAAAAAAAAAAACAAACCCGCUCCUUCCUACCUUUUCCCUGGUUAAGUCAGGCUGGGUCAUCAUCCUGCACUGCCGUUGAUUUCUACGCGGCUGAGAGAGAAAUGGAGGGCUCCAGUCUGCAGAGAGAAGUCUUUAGUUCAUUUUGGUAUUGGACAAAACCAUGGCCGUGGACGGAUAUUCUCUAUUUCUCGCAAGACCGUAUCGAACGAGGGCUGUUCACCAGUUCUUUCCUUGGUAGGCAACUCCUUUUUUGCCAAGUUUUUGUAAGUGAUGUUUUGAUUAUCCAGAUCUUCUGUUAUUUUUGAAGCUUGAUUCGGUCCUUGUUGAAGCACCAACAGUAUAUCUAAACAGGUUAUUUAGAAGGCCACAAGAAGCACACUUUGAUAUUUAUAUAUAUAUAUAUCUGUAUCCGUACCUAUUUAGAUGACUAUAAAAAGACUUUAGUUUUGCUGCUGACUCAUCUCGCGGUUUUCCUCCCUUGUCAUUUUCACCUGAAACAUUUUAAGGCAAGCCAGUUACGUCUGAGUUCAAUAUUAAUCACCGUCGUAGCUCUAACUUUGUGUGCAACUUCAAUAUGUCGUAGAAGCCACUGUGGGCGGAGUUCACUUUGGCAAACAGCCAGGGCGCUGGCGGUCCUUUCACCCGGGCCCAUUUAGGCAACUGGAGCCACCUCCCGCCCUAGACAGCUAGAGAUGGCCAGAGGACCAUUUUUGUAUCGUUACCCGACUUUCGGUCUGAUAUACUGUAUGUGCUGAUCUAUCCUAUUCCUUUUGUUAUAGAUUGUCCUAAUGGCAGGUCAAGCAAUAAAAAUGAUUGAAAUUCUUAAAGGCAA